CGCCCCGUCCCUCCUCUUUCCUCGGAGGAAACUUUCCGCCGGCCGAUCCGUCAGCCCGAGUUCGGCCCGCGCUGCUGCGGCCUGGUAGCCGAGCCGGGCGGACAGGCAGGCGGGCGACCGGGACCGGACGGGGCGGGAGCGGCCGGGCCCGGGUGUCUGCGGCCGCCGGACGUGCCGGGGCCGGGCAGCAGGGGAGCGGGGCGCUGACGGGUGGAACCUGGCUGGGACUGUCCUUCCAGGGAGCGGAGCUGCCCCGAGGAAGAAGCGAGUCGGCAGGGUUGGCUCUAGAGAGGGCGAAGGAUCUGACCUUGCUGACCUCGCAGGCUGACAGGGGAGCUGCGCCCCCAGAGAAACAUGGAUGCCCCCCGAAGGGACAUGGAGUUGCUCAGCAACAGCCUGGCGGCCUACGCGCACAUCCGCGCUAACCCCGAGAGCUUCGGCCUCUACUUCGUGCUGGGCGUCUGCUUUGGGCUGCUCCUCACCCUGUGCCUGCUAGUCAUCAGCAUCUCCUGUGCACCCCGCCCGCGGCCCCGGGGCCCCGCCCCGCGCCGGGACCCCCGCAGCAGCACCCUGGAAGCCGAGGAUGACGAGGAGGACGACGACGAGGAGGACACAGUGACGCGGCUGGGCCCCGACGACACGCUGCCGGGCCCCGAGCUGUCCGCGGAGCCCGAUGGGCCCCUGAGCGUCAACGUCUUCACUUCUGCGGAGGAGCUGGAGCGGGCCCAGCGGCUGGAGGAACGGGAACGGAUUCUGCGAGAGAUCUGGCGCACCGGCCAGCCGGACCUGCUGGGCACCGGCACCCUGGGGCCCAGCCCCACGGGCACGGGCACCCUGGGCCGCAUGCACUAUUACUGACCGGCCCCACUCGCGCUGCGAGAUGCUCAGCGUCCAGGACAUGCGUAGGGGCUCGGAGCUGCCCCAGGACCUUUGGACUGCCCCUGCCCACGGUGCUAUGGAGGCCCCGCCCCCACGGCUCCCCUGGUGCUAUCGGGCCUGGAUUCUGGCCCUCUGGGAGACACCCUUCCCUAGUCCAGCCAGAAGGGCCUGGGGUAGGGUAGGACGCAGGGUCCCCUUCCCCUCUCUGGGGGACGGUUAAGAGGUGACGUGACCAAUGAAAGCUGCAUUCUCAGUGA